AUGGAACUGGAAUGUAUUCAUUAUUUUAAUUUGUCAUCAACACCAACUUUAAUUGAAAUUGGCCAUCAAUUGGAAUUUAUUGAAGGAAAUGUAAUUAUUUAUUGUCUGAAUAAUUCUGGUUGGGCUAAGAAAUUGGUCGUGCCUUUAGCCCCUCAAGUCAGUGUUGAAUGUCUUUACCCUUUUGGAAGUCUAAAUCUCUAUUCUUGCCAUGGAUUGAUUUAUAGUUGGUCUUUACUUAGUCAAAUCCAAUUGCUAGGAUGUGUUGACCCGACGAAUUUACAAAAUUGGAUUCCUUUGGGUAGCAACUAUACAAAUAUUGAUGGUGAUGUUUUGGAAUGCAGAAAGGAAGGAUUGGUUUAUAUUGGCUGCAAAAGCUCCUCAGGAAACUUCUUAAAAAUUGGUGAAAGCGAAGGCAAUCCAAUUGGUGGUGGAAUCGGAAUAUUUGAAAGAUGUGAAGCAGACAAAGGAUUUAUUAAAUAUCACAAAUUUAAUUGCCUUUUUGGUGAUAAUAUUAUUUUGCCUGGACACUAUUUUGUUUUGCCAGUUAAAGGGGCUAGUAAUUUAAAAUUGAGAAUUGUUUGUGAAAGACAACGCUUGUUUUUGGGAAAUGAAUUGAUUGAAAAUUUAAAUCAUAAAGAUUGUAUUGAUGAUUAUGGAAAUGUCGUUCCAUUGGGUGGAUAUGGAAUAUAUAAUAAUCUGACUGCAGAAUUUUGCAAACCAAGUGGAGUACAAAUUGAAAAACCUAUUGGAUGCAAAUUUGGUUCAAAAAAUUUAUCACCAAGAGAACAAAUGGUUAAUAGCCAAGAUAUACUUGAAUGUUUACCUAAUGGACAAUUGGUUAAAAUUGGUUGUUAUUUGGAAUCUUUGAAUAUUACAAUGGCUUUAGGACAAAUUGAACCUUUACCAAAAAAUCAUAAUAUUUUAAUUCAAUGCCAAAUUAAUUCUACUGGAAUAUCUUUUACAAAUGGAGUCAAAAAUUGUAUAAAAGAAGAAACUGGAGAAGAAUUUUUGUUUGGUUCAAAAGAUGAGGAUUCCGAUUCUAUUCGUGUAUGUACUCGAAAAAGUGAUUUGUCUAAUUUGCAUGGAGUGUGGGAAUUGACUCAUUGUCUUUUUGGUACAAUUAAAGUCCCUCGUGGAAGUUGUUUUUUUAAUAAAACAACAGAAGAGAAAGAAAAUAAUCUAAAUUCUACUUGUAAUUUAAAUGAAGCUUCUAAAGGUGUAUAUAAAUUAUGUGAACAAGAUUCAAAUUUUAAACCAAUAUUUUUGGAUGCUUCUUUUGAAUAUUGCUCUCCAAGUCAAAAUAUAAAAGCAACAGAUUUAAAUGGACAAAUAAUAAAUACACAAAUUGAGGAAUUUAAACAAACAAGUUUUGAAUGUAAUUAUUCUGAUUGGAGACCCAAACCUUUACCUGUUGAAUUAGAAAAUGCUUCAGAAGAAGAAGAAAUUGAUGAAUAUAUUGAUGAUGAGGAAUAUUCUGAAGAGGAGGAAGAAGAAUUAAAAACAGCAGAAGAAAUUGAAGAAGUAGAGGAAGAAAAAGAAAAUGAAAUUAAAAAACAAAGCAAAAUUCAAAAUAAAUUAAUGUUGGAAGAAGAAAUUGGAGGGAUUAGGAUAAAAGAUCCAACAUUAAAAGAAAUUGUAGAAGAAGAAGAGCAGCAACAAAAUGAACUGUUGGAAGCUCCCAAAGAAGAAGAAAAUAAAACAAGCAAAACAUUUGAAGAAACAUUGUUGUUGGAUAAAAUUAAACUUGAAAACUUGACUACAACAACAUUAGAAACAAUAUUAACAACAACAAAACAAAGUUUGGAAGCAACAACCGAACAAAACAAACUUGAAUAUUUGUUGGAAAUAAACAUGGAAAACAACAACAAACUUGAAACAACAACAGAACAAAACAAACUUGAAAACAUUAAUUUAACAACACAAACAUCACAACAUUAUAAUUCACCAACAUCAGAACAAACAACACAACAACAACCAACAAAAACAACAACAAGCAUAAACAACAUUUUUGUUUUGUCUAAUGAAACAAUACUUGAAGAAUUUGAAGAGGAAAUAAUAGAAGAAUUGUCUACAAUAAAACCUAAUUUGCAGGAAGAAAAGAAUUUAAACCAGAAUUUUGAACAAACAACAAACAGCUUCAAAACAACAACACAGUUACCUCCAAUUUUAUCAGAAUUUGAAGAAACAUUUCAACUUGAUGAAGUUCGUGAAGAAGUUAAGCCUAUCCAAACAACAACUACAACAAAUGUUUUACUAGAAGGUUAUGUUGAGGAAAUAAUUUCAGAACAACAACAACAAACAACAACACAACGUCCUUUGUUUUUGCUACCAACAACACCAGAACAACAACAAACAUUAAUAAAUAAAUCAGAAACUAGCAGCAAUGUUUCAAUUGUUAAAAACAAAGAAGAGAUAGGCGACAACACAAAGAACGAUAAAAUAAUAAUUACUACUUUCUUUAAUACAGUGGAUGAGAAGAUAAUUCCUGCAGAAGUUCAACCUAUUCCACCUCCACCUACUUAUGAUUAUAAUAAAGAAUUGGAUGUGUUGGUAGAAUUUAAUUUGGAAAAGACGUUGAAGAGGAAGGAAUGUGAAGAUAAUGAAGAAAAUAAUAAAGUUUUUGAGUGUAAAAACCGACUUUCCGAACAUUUCUGUUCUGCUUUCAAGUCUAUGUGUCUUUUCCCAACUGGCGAUUCUGCUAUAAAUUCAGUUGCUUUAAUCCACACUCUUCAUUAUUUACGCCAUUUUAUUGGUGGAGGAAAUAUGAGGGCAAAUCUACGCUUCGCUGCAAACUUUUUGAAAACUGGACUUGCACAAACACUUGUUGAUCGACAAGAGAUUAAUAGAAUGAUUUUUAAAAUUGGAGGCCUUCUAAACCUCUUCCCUUCUGAAGAUGAUUUGACUGAAUUGUUACUUUCUGCUGAAGGAGGCCCCAUAAUUGAAAGAAUGCUUCAACUCAAAAAAGAAAGUGUUUAUCAAUGUGGAAUAUCUCGAAUAAAGUUGAGAAUUUCUUUUAAAUUUAAAUCAAAAAUUAAUUCUUUUCGCAGUUGUAAUUCUCCUACUACAAAUGAUCUUCCUUCAUUAACAAUUAAUUUGUCAAAAGUUUUGAAUUGCAAAAGAAAGUGGCAAAGCUGUUUAAGGGUGGCUAAUGCAAAAUUGGCCAAGGAAUUUGGUAGAGGAAUUUUUUUAAAGGGGUUUUUAGACUUGUAUUUCGAACCUCAGGGUGUAAGGUACACUUUUUGGACUGAAUAA